CUUUGGUGUCGUCAAAGCCAGAUAGACGUACAGGUGGACCAGUUCCGUGACUUCAUGAGAGGGAAAUCAGUGUUGGGACACUUUCUCGCUGCCAUCUACCCAAGAGGAGAUGUCUGAGGAAAAUCUGGGGGAAGAGUCGAGUAGCUCCCCUGUCUCUCCUGUGGACAGCCUGAGCAACAGCGAGGGGGAGUUGGACAGACAGCCGAAGAGGUGUGGGAGGAAGAAGAGACCGAGCAGGAAAAACGGGGAGGACUCAGAUAGCCCGACCCCUGGGAAACGAGGGAAGAAGUCCACCAGCAGCAGCCCCCAGUCGUUCGAGGAUCUCCAGUCGCAGCGGGUCAUGGCCAACGUCCGGGAGCGACAGAGGACCCAGUCUCUCAACGAGGCGUUCACGUCUUUGCGGAAAAUUAUCCCCACUUUGCCCUCGGACAAACUCAGCAAAAUACAGACCCUAAAACUUGCAUCCAGAUACAUCGACUUCCUGUACCAGGUGCUGCAGAGUGACGAGCUGGACGCCAAAAUGUCUAGUUGUAGUUAUGUGGCUCACGAGAGGCUGAGCUACGCCUUCUCCGUGUGGAGGAUGGAGGGCGCUUGGUCCAUGUCAACGUCUCACUAACAUCUGGAGAAAUGAUGCCCUAAAUGGUGACUGCUGAAUCUACUUAUCACAUUCUGACGGGACAAAUCUGGAGUCCAAUGCUGGAUACAUGGGAUCCCUCUAUUUAAACCAAAGACGGCAGAAGCUCUGGGGGAUCAUUUUGCAGAGGCCCGAUAUGGGACCAGCAGCCGCGCGUUAGCUCCAUACACUCCCAUUCUGAAGCGUUUUCAUGUUGUUGACGACGAAUGCUAAAAAAAAUAACAUGUGUUUUUUUCUGGAGGAAAAGACAUUUUAAAUGCAUGUCUUAGGAGUUAUUUCUGUGGAGGUCAAAGUCCAUUAUCAAAGCAGUUGUGAGACUGUCAACUGGUGGUGUAGCUCACAUUAUAGACUGACUGUGUGGAUCCAACCUGUGGAAAAAAAAUACAUUUAUUUAUUUAUUGGUGAAACGUGUUACAUUGAGGAAUAGAUCCUGUGUCUGAAAUACAAAAUGCAUUCCUAUUUUUUACUAUUGUUUUUUUGUAAAUGUUUGUAUAUGUUUUGCAUUAAACAAAAUGACGAUUAAAGUGUUUGCCUUUGACUUUCUUUCUUUAUAUUUUUUUUGCAAAGCUAAUGUAAUUGUUCCUAAGGCAAAAACAAAUGGUGGGCAACGUAAAUUGCACAUUAAAUGAAAUAACUUUCAUGCAUGCAUCACGUGGCCUGUA